AAAAACGAAUUAAUGGGUGCUUUAACAGAGAAGCAAGAGGCUUUGGUGAAGGGCUCAUGGGAAGCAUUCAAACAAAACAUUCCAGUCCAUAGUGUUCUUUUUUACACCUUUAUAUUGGAGAAAGCACCGGCAGCAAAGGGCAUGUUCUCCUUUCUAAAGGACUCUGCUGAAGUACCCAAGAAUGAUCCUAAGCUCAAGGCCCAUGCUGAAAAGGUUUUCGAGAUGACCGUUGAUUCAGCCGUUCAACUCCGAGCAAAAGGAGCAGUAGUGGUGCCAGAUGCCACAUUAAAGCAUUUGGGUUCUGUCCACAUCCAGAAAGGAGUCAUUGAUCCCCAUUUUCUGGUGGUCAAAGAAGCGCUGCUGAAGACAAUAAAGGAAGCAGUGGGUGACAAAUGGAGUGAUGAACUGAGCAAUGCUUGGGAAGUAGCCUAUGAUGAAUUGGCAGCUGCAAUUAAGAAGGCCAUGAGUUGA